AUGCCAAACUCUCAGUUAGCAAAGACAACAACCUCUACUGCAAUUAAUUCAUUAUCUUUAAGGUUAUUGAAGAUCGGUGACAAAUGGAAGGAUCAUGUCAUUAAAGGUGUUCCAAUUCCAGUUAGUUCAAACAAUUUAGUACCAGGUAAGAAAAAAAAUGUUUAUAUUCUCUCCAUGUUCCCUUAUCCUUCAGGUAUGUUGCAUAUGGGCCACUUGCGUGUAUAUGUUAUAAGUGACUCUCUAAAUAGAUUCUAUCAACAAAGAGGUCACAAUGUUAUACAUCCAAUGGGUUGGGACGCAUUCGGAUUACCUGCUGAAAACGCCGCUAUUGAAAGAAAUAUCGACCCUCAUCUCUGGACUGAACAAAAUAUCAUAAAAAUGAAGCAACAGAUGAAUCACAUGUUGGCUAAUUUUCAAUGGGACAAAGAAGUUAAGACUUGUGAUCCAAACUACUACCGUUUCACUCAAUGGAUUUUUUUGCAACUGUUUAAAAAUGGCCUUGCUUAUCAAAAGGAGGCCGAAAUUAAUUGGGACCCCGUGGACAAGACUGUCUUAGCUAAUGAACAGGUAGAUUCAAAAGGUAGAUCAUGGAGGUCCGGGGCUCUUGUUGAGAAAAAAAUGUUGAAACAAUGGUUUCUUGGGAUCACAAAAUUCUCCUCUUCUUUACUUAACGGUUUGAAUCAUUUAUCUUUGUGGCCAGAAAAUGUAAAAAACAUGCAAAUUAAUUGGAUAGGCUAUUCACAAGGUGCAGAUAUCAGAUUCAAGACAAAUGAUCCACAAUUCAACUAUAUUACUGUAUAUACAACAAGAGCAGAGACUCUGCCUGUUGUCCAAUAUUUAGCAUUGUCUUGGAAUCAUCCAAUUGUUCAAAAAUACAGUGCAAAUGACCCACAUUUACAAAGCUUUAUUAACCUUUUACCGUCUUUGCCUAAAAAUACUAAGAAAGGGUACCUAAUAAAAGAUAUUUCAGCUGUUAACCCAUUCAAUAACCAGUCUAUACCUAUCUUUGUAGCGCCUUAUGUUAUGUCUGAUUAUGGUGAAAAUGGAACAGCUGUUAUGGGUUGUCCAGGCCAUGAUCAGAGAGAUUUCGAUUUUUGGAAUAGUAAUAAUAAUGAUGAUAGAACUUCUAAACAUAUCAUCUAUACUUGUAUUCAACCUAAGAGAAUAAAGGAUAAAAACCAAGUCUUCAACCAAUCUCAACUAGAUCCACCCUAUACAUCUGAUGUAGGAUUCAUGCAAUCUAAUGCCGAAAAAUAUUUUAAUAUGUCAACAAUCGAAGCAAGAAAGAAAAUUAUUGAGGAUUUAGCCACAAUCGGUAUUGCAAAAGCAGUCAGUAAGACUAAAUUAAGAGAUUGGUUAAUCAGCAGGCAAAGGUACUGGGGAACUCCAAUUCCAAUUAUUCAUUGUCAUUCAUGUGGUUCUGUCCCUGUUCCCGAAGAAGAUUUACCUGUAUUAUUACCUGACAUUCAAGGGAUCCCCAAGAAAGGUGGUAAUCCCCUGGAACAUAUUCCCGAGUUUGUUAAUGUUAAAUGCCCGUCUUGUGGUGGUGAUGCAAAAAGAGAAACAGAUACCAUGGACACUUUUAUCGACAGUUCUUGGUAUUAUUUCAGGUACUUAGAUCCUAAAAAUGAUAAAUCACCUUUCGAUCCAAAGAAAAUUAACGACAGUAUGCCCAUUGAUCUUUAUAUUGGGGGUAUUGAACACGCUAUUUUACAUCUUUUAUAUUCAAGGUUUAUCAGUAAAUUCAUGGGGUCCAUUAACAUGUGGGAUCAUGCUACAAAUGAACCAUUCAAACAAUUAGUAACCCAAGGGAUGGUUCACGGUAAAACUUUCAUUGACUCAAAUAAUGGUAGAUUUUUAAAGCCUGAUGAAAUCGAAUUGAGGGGCUCAGAAUGGUUCAUUAAAGAAACUGGAACUAAGCCUGCUAUCACAUAUGAAAAAAUGUCCAAAUCAAAAUAUAACGGUGUUGAUCCAGAUGAAUGUAUUAGAAAUCAUGGUCCUGAUGCCACAAGAGCUCAUAUGCUUUUCCAAAGUCCAAUCUCGGAAGUGUUAAAAUGGGAUGACACAAAGAUUGUUGGUGUUGAACGUUGGUUAGAUCAUGUUGUUAAAUUGACUAAAGAUAUAGCUGAAGCAAAGGACGACAUUUUUAAUCAGGACUAUAUUAAACCAAAUGAUAAAAAUGAAGUAGAAAUAAAUUUCCAUAAUGAAUUUGAGAAAUUGUCUAGAAGAAUAACAGAGUCAUUUGAAAAGUAUUUAUCGCUUAACACUAUUAUAUCAGAUUAUAUGAAGAUGACUCAAUUAUUGGAAGCAGCUCAUCGUGAAGGAAAAAUUAGGAAUUCACUGAUUAUGCAAAACUUGAGAAAAUUAGUUACUGAACUUUAUCCGGUAGCACCUUGUAUUUCAGAAGAAUGUGCAUCGAUAAUAAAAAGUGCGCAACCAACACUUGAAGAAUGGAAUCAUUAUGAAUGGCCAAGGGUAUAUCCACUUGCAGAUUGGCAUUAUAAAUGUUAUCAGGUAGCUGUAAAUGGUAGAUCCAGAUUCUGGUUUGUCGAUGAACGUGAUUUGUUUGAUAAGGGUGAAGAAUAUGUUCUUGACAAAGUAAUGUCAUCACUUGAUAGUCAAAGAUUUUUGAAGGGUUUGAAUUAUGAUAAAAUAAUUCUAAAGAACAAUAUCAUUAAUUUUACUUUCAAGAAAAGAAAGAACCUUUUCAAAAAAGAAGAAAAAAAUUGA